ACUGGGGAAGUGGGAGAUUGGGAGGGACUGUGGGCAGCAAUUGAACACAGGCAGAAAGUUCAUGAGCUGAAAGUCGCAGCAGCAGCAAAAAGAAAGAAAAAUCAGUCUAGCAAGGAAUCAAGAACUGCUCUUAAGACAGGAGGAAUGUUAUAAAGUGUGUUUGAAAUCUUUUAGGAUUUUGCCUGCUCAUUCUUGUUGGAGCCUGAUAGAAGUUUAAGGGAGGAUCUUAUUUUUAUUACAGCUCUUUUCAGAGCAAAACCUCUGAAAACGUCACAGCCAUUUCAGGUUUUUUCAGGAACUUUUGGAUAAUCGAGACACAGAGAAAUAGCAUCAACGAGAAUGGUUCUGCUGUUGCUUUUAUCUCUGUGCCUGACUUUGGGAUCAGUCCAGAGCCAGGGUUCCCCCCAAGAUGUCUUCAUAAUCCAGUAUCUGGAGAGAAGGCUUGUUCAGAUGGAGGAGCGUCUCAGUCUGUGUGAGCAAAACACAGUGAGUGCCACCCAGAAAACCUAUGACCUCUCCUCUGAAGUCAGAGGCUAUCUGUCCACUCUGAGCAGUUUGAGAUCAGAAGUAAAGAGCCAGGUGGACAGUGUCUCUGUACGUGUUGACCGGGUGGAGAGGGAGCUGGAAUAUUUGGAGAACAAAAUCCCCACUCAGUCUAACAUUGAGAUGGAGGAAGCACUUCUAGAACAGCAGAUAAAAGCCGUAGAACUGGAGCAGCUGAAAAAGAAGGCCAAGAUAAAUGUGGAGAAAGACUGCAGCACAGCUCUGAGUCAAGUCAAGUCUCUUAAGAUUGUGAAGAAAUCUGGAGAUCCAAAUGGAUGCUGGUUCAAGGACCCCUCUGAAGGAUCAAAUAAGGUGUACCUAUUCAGUGGAUUUCGUAACAACACCAUUCUGGAGUACAAAUCUCUGAAGAGCUUCACAAAGACUUCCACACCUCCAGUAAAGGAGGUGCAGCUUCCUUUUUACUGGCAGGGCACGGGUCACGUGAUCUACAAUGGAUUCCUUUAUUGCCACAAGGCAGAUACACCCAAUGAACUACUGAAGGUGGAUCUGCUGAAUGGCACUGUGGUGGAUAGCACCCUUCUUCCCGGAGCCGGCAGUCUUCCUGUCUACAGCCUCAAUCCCAACACUUAUCUGGACAUGGCUGUAGAUGAACUUGGCCUUUGGGUUAUUCAUGCGGAUCUUGAGUACGGAGGAAACUUGGUCAUCACCAAGCUAGACAAAGUAAGUUUAGCAGUGGAGUACACCUGGGACACACAGUGCAGAAGCAGUGACGCUGAGGGGGCUUUUCUGAUAUGUGGGACACUUUACGUGGUCUACAACACACGCUAUGGAGGUCGCUCCACCAUCCAGUGUCUGUACGACAUCCACGACACCAUUCACAGCAAUGAGAGUCCAGUGAUGUUCUUCCCAAAGCGCUACACCAGCCACAGCAGCAUCCACUAUCACCCAGGGGAUAAACAACUGUAUGCCUGGGAUGAUGGCUACCAGACAAUAUACAAAGUGGAAACGCGUAGCAAUGCCCAAGUUACAUCCCAGUGAAACAUAUUUUCUUUUCACCCUUUACUCAGCAUCAAAACUUGCAUUAGCACACCUAACAUGCCCCCCUCGCCCUCCAAAAAGUAAUUACAAUAAAAGCAUCAAGGAAUUUGAUGGAUCUC